GCGCAGGAAAGGAGCGGCUGUCCGCGCACGGCAUGGCAUGAGCUGGGAGAGCUGGAGAGAGACCAGUGGAAGAUGUCGAACCCGAGAAACGGUGACACCAAGCCCCCAUGUUUGCCUCGCAAUGGACUGGUGAAGAUCCCCACACAGCCCAACGGCCUCGGCUCUGCCAGCAUCACCAAAGGCACCCCUGCCGUGAAAAACCGCCUGUGCCAGCCUUCCUCCGUGCCUGCCAUCCUCAGCCCAGCCUUAGCCCCCCGCAGCGACCUGCCCAUCCCCAGCCUGGCCUCGCCGCUGUCCCUGGCCGCUCUGGCUGGCGUCUCGUCCCCUCCCGGCACCUCCUUGGUGGCACUGAACUCGAGCGAGGCCAUUCCAGGCUCUGAGCAUCCCUCUCCAGAACGGCUGCCCGGUUCACCCUCAGAGAGGCAGCUGGUGGUGGAUGAGAAGAUCCUCAACCGCCUCUUCUGGUACUUUUCGGCUUGUGAGAAGUGCGUGUUGGCACAGGUGUGCAAGGCGUGGCGGCGAGUGCUCUACCAACCCAAAUUUUGGGUGGGUCUGACACCUGUCCUCCACACCAAAGAGCUCUACAAUGUCCUGCCUGGUGGCGAGAAAGAGUUUGUCAGCCUGCAGGGCUUUGCUGUGCGGGGUUUUGACGGUUUCUGCCUUGUGGGCGUCUCCGACCUGGACAUUUGUGAGUUCAUUGACAACUACCCCUUGUCCAAGAAGGGGGUCAAGUCUAUGAGCCUUAAAAGGUCAACCAUCACGGAUGCAGGGCUGGAGGUGAUGCUGGAGCAGAUGCAGGGUGUGGUGCGGCUGGAGCUGUCAGGCUGCAACGACUUCACGGAGGCCGGGCUGUGGUCGAGCCUCAACGCCCGCAUCACAGCACUGAGCGUCAGCGACUGCAUCAACGUGGCUGAUGAUGCCAUCGCAGCCAUCUCACAGCUCCUGCCCAACCUUGCCGAGCUCAACCUGCAAGCUUACCAUGUGACGGACACGGCUCUCGCCUACUUCACCGCCAAGCAGGGUUACACCACGCAUACCCUGCGCCUCAAUUCCUGCUGGGAGAUCACCAACCACGGCGUGGUCAACAUGGUGCACAGCUUGCCCAACCUGAGUGUCCUCAGCCUCUCGGGCUGCUCCAAGGUGACAGAUGAUGGCGUGGAGCUGGUGGCUGAGAACCUGCGCAAGCUACGCAGCCUUGACCUGUCCUGGUGCCCUCGCAUCACUGACAUGGCCCUGGAGUACAUCGCCUGUGACCUGCACAAGCUGGAGGAGCUGGUGCUCGACAGGUGUGUGCGGAUCACUGACACUGGUCUCAGCUACCUGUCCACCAUGUCAUCCCUGCGGAGCCUUUACCUGCGCUGGUGCUGCCAGGUGCAGGACUUUGGCCUGAAGCACCUCCUGGGCAUGGGCAGCCUACGCCUCCUGUCUCUUGCUGGCUGCCCCUUGUUGACCACCACGGGCCUCUCAGGGCUGGUACAGCUGCAGGAGCUGGAGGAGCUGGAGCUCACCAACUGCCCCGGAGCCACUCCAGAGCUCUUCAAGUACUUCUCCCAGCACCUGCCCUGCUGCAUGGUCAUCGAGUAGCGUCCACCUGAUGGGGACCAGCCCCCCUAAACCCAGCUGAGACGGCACCCAACCCAUUUCUUCCCGUCAGCAGGAUUAGGGGGGGUGCAAAAGACGCUGCCCAUUCAACUGACCCACAUGUAAAGCCCCCGCCUCGACGACCUGGAUGCCAG